UACGCUGUAGCGCGGCCGCGCGCUUGCCGUAAAAAAAAAUAAAACGCGCGCGCAAACCAGUGUCAAAAUGCGACGUAACUUAAAAAUUCUGUUUUUACUCGGUGGUGUGUGGAUUUUCGUGUUGUUUUAUUAUAUGCAGCCGGAUUCCAGUCAGUCGAAGGAAGAAAACAUAGCCCUCCGCCUCAUAAAAGCCCAUUCCGAUGUGGAGGAGGCGGAGAGCAGCCCGGCCUCGCCCGAGGACGUCUUCGGCGUCAGCACGGGCAGGUCGUACUUCGACGAGGCCGGCUACGUGGCUGGGGGGGCGAAGGACAACGAUCCCUACGUCAGGAAUAGGUUCAACCAGGCCGCCUCCGACAAUCUGCCGAGCAACCGAGCGAUACCUGAUACGCGAAAUGCCAUGUGCCGGCUGAAGAAGUACGAGGAGGACCUGCCUCAGACGAGCGUGAUCAUCACAUUCCACAACGAAGCCCGCUCCACCCUCCUCCGCACCAUCGUCAGCGUUCUCAACCGUAGUCCGGAACACCUCAUCAAGGAGAUCAUAUUAGUGGAUGACUUCAGUGAAAAUCCGGAAGAUGGCGCUGCCCUCCGCGCGAUCUCCAAAGUCAAGGUCAUCCGGAACACCAAGCGCGAGGGUCUGAUGAGGUCCCGAGUGAGGGGAGCUGACCUGGCCACGGCACCCAUACUCACCUUCCUCGACUCGCACGUGGAGUGUAACGUGCACUGGCUGGAGCCGCUGCUGCAGAGGAUUAAGGAGGACCCAACCCGAGUAGUAUGUCCAGUGAUAGACGUGAUCAGCAUGGACACUUUCCAAUACAUCGGGGCUUCGGCCGAUCUGCGAGGCGGCUUCGAUUGGAACCUGGUCUUCAAGUGGGAGUACCUAUCCCACGCGGAGCGCAGCGCGAGGCUGAGCGACCCCACCCAGGUGAUACGGACGCCCAUGAUAGCGGGGGGCCUGUUCAGCAUGGACAGGAAGUACUUCAGCAAGCUCGGAAAAUACGACAUGAAGAUGGACGUCUGGGGUGGAGAGAAUCUGGAAAUUUCCUUCAGGGUAUGGCAAUGCGGGGGCUCGCUGGAGAUCGUCCCCUGCUCGCGUGUGGGUCACGUGUUCCGGAAACGUCACCCCUACACGUUCCCCGGCGGAUCCGGCGCGGUGUUUGCCCGGAACACGCGCCGGGCGGCCGAGGUGUGGAUGGACGAUUACAAGGAGUUGUACUAUAGAUCCCAGCCGCUCGCCAAGCAGGUGGAGUAUGGGGAUAUAUCCGAGCGUCUGGCGAUCCGCAAGCGUCUCCAGUGCAAGCCUUUCCGGUGGUACCUCCAACAUGUGUACCCCGAGCUAGCGGUCCCGGCCGGCGGGGGCACGCGGACCGUGCGACAAGGUGCACGGUGUCUGGACACCAUGGGACACCUCGUUGAUGGGACAUUAGGUAUGUACCCCUGCCACAACACUGGCGGGAAUCAGGAGUGGACGUUCGACAACGGCCUACUUCGUCACCACAGCCUCUGUGUGUCACUGUCGGAAGACCGAGUGACGGCCGUACUGGCUGCCUGCGACCCAACAGAUGAUGCCCAGCAGUGGAAGCGAGAUGGACAACUUCUGAGACACGCGAAGUUGGACUUCUGUCUCGACAGCGACCGACCAGCGCUGUAUCUCGACCAGUGUGAUGAGGAUAAGUCCAGCCAGCUGUUUACAUUGUAGAGGUUGAAAUAAAUCAGUUGAUGGUAAAGUAAUAGAAGGGAUUGUCUAUUAAUCAUCUGAGGCUUUAAAGGAACGGGUGGUUAAAAUGAUAUACAAACAAGAUCUCGUGAUUAAUAGACGGGUCCUAAACGGAAUUAAUUUUGCAGAAGAUUGGUGUAGUAUAUGCAAAAUUUGUGUGGCGAAAGGAGAUGAGCAAAAUGCCUAACGCUGCCCGGGGAUUUUCUCAUUUGAAGCCAUUACCGCCCUAAUCUCGAGCGUCGCAUAAAGGCAAAACAACGUCCAAAAAACAAAUAUUUACUUAUAGCCAUACAUUUAAGAAGCGAGUAUUGUCAAACAUUUGCACCCAACACGUGUGUUAGACUGGGUUGCACCAACUAACUUUAACUGUAACUUUGACUACAGUGCAA